AUGAAGACUGCACUUCAAAUUUUGGCAGUUUUGCCAUUCUUAGCGACUUCUAUCGUUGCUACUAACCCAGCAACCACUUGCCGUACUGAACUUGGCACGAAAUCGGUAAAACAUGUGUCUACUGUCACCAAAACAUCUACCAGCAGCCAUCAGCCAACCACGACUGUCACUGUUCGCCCAACGGUGACGAGUUACGUUGGUCUGUGGUACACUAUUACUGGAUUUACCACCAAGACGAAGACUAUCACAGAUAGCACUGUGACAGACACUUUUUCCACCACGUCUACGGUGUUUUCCGUUGAGACGGACACAAUUACGGCUACAGUGACCACAACCACAACAAAUACCGACACUGCCUCGUCAACUUCGACCACCGUGACUGUGCAUUCCACUGCGCACCCAGUCACAGAAACCAUUUUCUAUUGGAGGGAGAUUACCAAGACCAAUACUCUUACGUCUACCAAGACUGUUGUUCCCGCUGAUGUUUCAUCAACAAUUACUUCCACUUUCACAUCUAGUGUGACAACCUUCACAACAACCUUCGAGACCAGCACUGUUACAGCUUCCACCACCACCACGGCCGUCAUCCCUGGCCCUACCGUCUAUGACGCGUGUACCGGACUGAAUACGUUUGGCCCUAACUUCAGCAGUGGUGGUAAAUCUUAUUAUGCUGUCAAUGUCGCCAACAACGGACCAGGAGUCGGUUCCGAUUUCAACACUGUGGCUGAUGGCGCUAGCACUGCAACAGACUGCUGCAAUGCCUGCCAGAAUUUCGGAACUUGCGAGACGUUCAUUUUCAGACCAAGGAACAGGAACUGCUUUUUGCUGUACCACCCAGGCGAGACAUGCUCAUCACAGCUUAACCAUCCCAACUUCAUCCUCUCCAUCUCCGGCAGCGACUCUGGUGAAGGAUAUGUCGUUGGUAACGGCAACUGCGGUUACACUUACAGUGGUAACAGUGAUGGCUCAGUCUUUAACGUUAACCACAUGGAACAGCAACAGGAAGUCCACUACUUCAACAUCGAUGUUAAAAAGUAUCUGAGAAAUUGUAAAUAA